AUGGAAGUAGAGAGUGAGCUAAAGAGCUUGAUUACAGUAGGGCUCUUCACAUAUGUAUCCUUAACCUAUUGUUACCGCAUUGCAGCAAAGAUCCCAAAGGGCUUGCCUAGGCUCCUUGCCCUCCUCCCGGUUAUGAUCAUACUAUUCAUCAUCCCCAUCAACCUUCACUCCAUCUAUCUAGGUCAUCCUCUAGUAAUCCUUAGGGUUGAACACGAGCCGCACUUCAAAUCACCUCACUUGGCCUCAUCGUUGCAAGACUUCUGGGGCCGUAGGUGGAACCUCAGGGUAUUGGAGACGCUCCGUCUCGUCAUCUACUACCCGAUACGAAGUGUUUCUAUACGUAUAAUCGGAGAUCGAUCGAGUUCAUUACCGCCUGUUUUCGUAACGUUUGCCGUCUCCGGUCUGAUACAUGAACUGCUGUAUUACAGCAUAUUGCGUGCAAAACCUACGUGGGAGAUAACUUGGUUCUUCGUUUUGCAUGGGGUUCUCGUGGACAUGGAGAUUAUAUUGAAGAAGAAGGUCAAGCUGAGGCUUCACAGGGCGAUUACAGGACCAUUGGCUAUGGCGAAUCUGACACUCACUUCUGUCUGCUUAGUUCUUGCACCGCUCUUGAGAAAUCGUGUAGACGAAAGGAUAAUCCACGAAUUCUACCUCUUUCUGGAUUUCUUUUUGAGCUUAUUUCCGAGUAAAGUGUAUCCGAGAUCACUGAAAUUUCAAAAAGUUAUAAAAUAA